AUGGCGAACCCUCUCAACAUAGCGCUCAUUAGCCAGAAUGUAUGGCCUGUCGCGUUGAAACCGAGUGGUCUUUCCAAGGAUCCCACAUCCCCGCCUGUGCUGAAGUACCAUUUUGUUACCGCAUUGUCAGAGGGAUAUCAAAAACAUUUCGAGUUUGCGAGGGACGAAUGGAGGAAAUACACUUAUUUAGAAUUCAGCGAAACGAGAUACCCCAGCAACUCCGACAUCCUAAUCACCUGUAAAGAUGAAGGCGGUGCGAAGAGCAACGUAGGCAAACUACAGUCCGGCAAAGCAACGAAGAUGACUUUUGGGCUUUACGGCUGCACCCAGACUACCUUCCUUCACGAAUUCGGACAUGCUUUAGGUUUCCAGCACGAGCACCAGCGCCCCGGUAGGGAAUCUUCCGGAAUCCACUUUUGCGAUAAGCCACAUAGCCGUACACCGGACGAUAUGACGAUCAAUCAGGCCUUGAAUACUGCCGGUAUUCAUGUUCCAACAGACGACACUGACUCCGAGGAGCCCAUUUACAUCAAGCACCUGAAGGACAAGAGGGACACGGAGAGUAAGAAGGGUGCGAAGAGUAAGAAGAAGUCAGAUGUGAGAACUGAGGGCGAUUUCGAGGAUGAUUUCGAGGAUUUCCUGAGUACGGUGAUUAAGGAAGCGGUUGAAUGGGUUGCUAACAACCCGAGUGAAGGCAACGAUAACCCGGAGAGUGAGGAGAAGUAA